AUGGAGGGAUCGGCGACGGAGGGAAAUCACGGAGGCGAUCCCCGCUCCGAGCAUGCCGCAACCAAGGAGUCCAAGGCGGCGGCAACGCAACACCAUCUGACGCUGCUCCAGCCGACCGUGGUCGAAUUUUCUGCAGCCGUGCUGGAUAAGGACAAGGUGGGGGAGCACGAGUCAGUGGGGCUGGUCGGUGGCUCUCCACCUUCUGGUGGACGGGGGAGGCGUGGGCAGAGGAAGAGCGACGGGGAGGACGAUUAUGACACCGCCGUGCCCGGGGACCUCAUUACGCGGGCGAAGAGGUGGCAGACGUCAGGUAGUGCUGACGACGCCGGAGGCGCGGCAGUUGGGACACCGCGAGGCGCCAAGGAAGCUAGUGGCAAGGCGGGCGGUCAAGCAUUGCGCCAGAAGGGCCGACCCGCAGCAAGAAAAGCAUCCGGCGGAAGGAGAGGCAAGAAAGCAGCGACGGGAACAAAGCCGAAACGGGGCGAUGAAGACCCCGGUGAUGCGGAGGAGGAAGAGGAUGAGGAGGAGGAUGCGGAGGGAGAGGAGGAUGAAGAGGAAGCGGAGGAGGAUGACGCGGAUGUUGGGGAGGAUGAAAAAGAUGAGAAUGAUGGCGGGGAGGACGAAGAGGAGGAGGAGGAUGAGGAGGAGGAGGAGGAGGAGGAGGAGGAGGAGGAGGAGGAGGAGGAGGAGGAGGAGGAGGAGGAGGAGGAGGCAGAGGAGGAGGAGGAGGAGGAGGAGGCAGAGGAGGAGGAGGAGGAGGAGGAGCAGGGUGACGACGAGGAGGAGGAUGUGGAGGAGGAGGAGGUGGAGGAGGAGGAGGAGGAGGAGGAGGAGGAGGAGGAGGAGGAGGAGGAGGAGGAGGAGGAGGAUGUGGCGCCAGUGAAGGGACGGGGCGGGCGUGGCAGACGGCACGAGCAUUUUGUUACACGGGAGGAGUUCCAGGCGCUGCGGUCUGAGAUGUACGCCAUGUUUGCACAGCUCGGCCUGCGUCGUGGAGUACAUGCCAGCUAUGCCGGCGGGUCGGCAGCCCUGCCUAUGGCUGGUACCCCGCCGCCGAUGAGCACCGUGGACAAGGCACGAGUGCUAGUGUUGCAGGAGACAAACCCAUUCCCGGUAUGUGGCGGGCCACAUGGGGAGGGUUGGGGUUGA